CUAAGUCGUCUGCUUAAAAGUGAAUUUUGUUGCGAUCGCGUAGACUUCGAAAAAAUGGCUCAAAUUUCUUUGAAUACGUACCUACAAAAGUUUGAGUCAGCAUUUGAAAAUCGUGAUGGAGACAAUGUAGCAGUAUUGUUAUCCUUCAGGGACCCGCACAUCAGCAAUGUUAGGCUACAGUUAGAGAAACCAGAGACUGAAUGUGAAAAAUGGUUUGGCCCACCACUAGACGAAAUUGUUGCUGGCCAUUUGAAGUGUUGCUGGGCUGCAGCUAACCACGACUUCAUUGAAGCUUACAAUUGCCAAUACAUUGUCAUGCAAGCAUUUAGUAAACUGUUUCAAUCACAGAAAGAAGAGAACUGGGCACUUCCCAUCCUCUAUACACUCUCUCUUGACCUGAGGGUCUUCGCUGCUAAUGCCGAUGUUCAACUGAUGAAGAAGAACAAAGGUAAGCCAGGUGAGACUCUUGAAAAAGCUGCAGAAGUUCUUAUGGGAUGCUUCAGAAUCUGUGCUAGUGACAAUCGUGCUCAGUUGGAAGAUUCAAAGAAGUGGGGAAUGAUGAGUCUCAUCAACCAGCUCUUCAAAAUUUACUUCAAGAUAAACAAGUUGCACCUAUGCAAGCCCUUAGUGAGAGCCAUUGAUAGCAGUCCAUUGAAGGAUAGGUUUUCUGUAGCUCAGAUGGUGGCUUAUAGGUAUCAUGUUGGAAGGAAAGCAAUAUUUGACAGUGACUACAAGACAGCUGAAGACUACCUGACGUAUGCAUUCCAGAAGUGCCACAAACGAUCGAAGAAGAAUAAAAAACUUAUCCUCAUUUACCUUCUACCCGUCAAAAUGCUUCUGGGCCACAUGCCAAAAAUGAGUUUGCUCCAAAAGUACAACCUGAUGCAGUUUGCCGUGCUCUCCAAGGCGGUCAUCCAGGGAAAUUUGAAGUUACUGACGGAGUCACUGAAAUCAAAUGAGGGAUACUUUAUCAGAUCUGGAAUAUAUUUGAUUUUAGAGAAACUCAAAAUCAUCACAUAUAGAAAUCUUAUUAAGAAAGUAGCCUUACUGAUGAAAGUUCACCAGCUGCCAAUAUCUGCUUUCACUGCAGCCUUUAAAUGGAUGGGGGAAGACGAGAUGGACGACGAGGAGAUGCAGUGUAUAAUAGCUAAUCUAAUUUACGAGGAUAGGAUAAAAGGAUAUCUAUCCUACCAGCACAAGAAGCUCGUCGUGAGCAAGCAGAAUGCCUUCCCUUCCAUGCCCGCCAAGAUUAAGACAUAAUUUCUUUCUAAAUUUUUAUCUAUUAUUCUCAUUUUAUUUUUCCCAUUCAUAACAACUAUUCAAUCGCUUAAUUAUUUUUAUUUAUUUUACAAAUCUUACAAAUAUAUAAUUUGUUCUCAUCGUUGUCGUUGUUUCGAUUAUUAACAAUGUCAUUAUUAAUCUUCACUGCUAUUAUAUACUGAAAUAGUUUUUUCUUUAUUUUAUCAUAUCGUUCAAGUUAAAUUAUCAGGUAGGUUAUUAGAUUUUUUAUGAUAAAAUUACGUCUUUAUGAUCACGAUAUUUAAAAGAAUUGAUGAACAGAUAUAACCGAUCUAAGUUUUUAUUUUUCAAAUGAUCUAACUGUCAUAUCAUAGCACGGAUUUUUCACAACAUUUUGGACAAAAGCAAUAAAUAAUAUACUAAUG